UCCCCGAUCACACUGCCCUGCUCUAGGAAAACAAAGCUUAAUUUCCACGAAAUCUUUUAUUUCCCCCGCUCUGACGACCGCGGCUUCUAAUUGUGAGCCAAGUUACGUUCCCGGGGUGCAGCUCCAGAGAGGAUUGCGGAGCAGAAGAGGCAGAUCCGGGGAGGUUGUUUAUCUAUAGUAUUGGGUGGAGGGGGGACCUUGAAACAGCCCGUCCUAUUUCCUCUGUUGUUUUGCUUCUCUUUAGUCUGGAUUCUCCAUGUUGAACCAAUUCGGAUCUUUGGGCUGGGAGCCUCGCGCGCCUGUAUGUGCUGUGUGAUCCCGGCGGGGUGCUGUUCUGGGCGGCAGGGUGCACCGAGGGCUCGCUGAGGGGCACCACGGCAUCGGGCGGAGAUCUGCAGAUCAGAUCGGGCAAGACGCGGUCAGCACUGGAUCCGUGCAAGUAUUAGAUGGAAAGCAGCUGUAUCAUCACCCAAGUGCAGAGAGACGAGCCUCUGGUGCAUCCAAAACAAGGGCUAGUCUCCAGGUCCUCACCAAAGAAGCCUAGAAAUCGGAGCAUAUUUAAGGCAUUUUUCUGUUGCUUCAGUGCACAGAAUGUUAAUCGACCAGGAGGCACCGGUGAACCUCCCACCCAAAAGGAGGAGACCCAAACUACCCCAAAGUCGGAGUUACUCCAGUGUCUUCAGUAUCAGUUUUACCAGAUUCCAGGUACCUCUUUACUCCCCGAGGUAGUGCCAAAAGAUAAGGGAAAAAUAUGCAUGGUGAUAGACUUGGAUGAAACGCUGGUUCAUAGUUCUUUUAAGCCAAUCAACAAUGCAGAUUUUAUCGUUCCGGUGGAGAUUGAGGGGACAACUCAUCAGGUGUAUGUUCUGAAGAGGCCUUAUGUGGAUGAGUUUCUGGAAAGAAUGGGAGAGCUCUAUGAAUGUGUGCUAUUUACUGCUAGUCUUGCCAAGUAUGCCGAUCCAGUGACUGAUCUUCUGGACAAGGGAGGAGUCUUCCAAUCCCGUCUCUUCAGGGAAGCUUGUGUGUUUCACCAGGGCUGCUAUGUGAAAGACUUGAGCCGUCUGGGGAGAGACCUGAAGAAGACUAUUAUUUUAGACAACUCUCCUGCCUCUUACAUCUUCCAUCCAGAAAAUGCUGUACCUGUGCAGUCUUGGUUUGAUGACAUGGGAGACACAGAACUUUUAAGCCUCAUCCCGAUCUUUGAGGAGCUCAGCGACUCUGAGGAUAUUUAUGCAAGUCUUGGACAGCUGAGGGCACCUUAAGACUCUUUGUCUUGACUUUGUUUUAUCAGGGGACUUUUUAUAUCUUAAAUUGUUUUUUGUUUUUUUCAAAUUUCUUACUCGCUGUGCCUUUGGCCUCAGAGGAAGAGGAACAAAAACUGAUAUUCACAGCAGAAGAAGAAUUUCAAGGGAAAUUCAUCUGCCCUUAACAAGCAAACUGGCUGUGGCUUACACUCCUAAUGGCUCGCAUGCCAGGCGGCAUGUUAGCAGUGAAUGCAGGGAUAUAUUAAUGCCAUUGCUUUGGUGCACUAGUAGAAGACAGUGUCCUUUUGAACAAUGGUACCGUGUACCUAUGGUUUUCGGUUCUCCACUACUGUUUAGCUUUCAUAUCAUUAAAUGUCUAGGCUGGAACAUUAACACAGAGGGUGCAAUACCAAAAUGCUGAACUGAAAGGGCACACACAGGUACUUCAGAUAGUUUGAUAACUUGACACGCAUUAGGAAUCGGGCUGCUGGGACACCGUCAUAACUUUCCCACCGAUUUCCUUAAAUUUCUACAUGCCAGUGUCUGUCAUGCAUAUUUUUUGCUGAAUGCACUGGCCAUGGUAACUGUUGGCACUGACUGGCAUUUUGUGCCCUUUACAGUCCGUCUUUCUUAUUGGAAACAUACUUUGAUGCCAUGAAUAUUCUGUCACUUAAGAUUAUUCUAACUCAUCUCUCCGGAAACGGAUUUAUACGGUAUUUGUAUUAUAGUUCAAGAUUGGAGCUUUGCUGUCCAGGCGCUGGCAGCAUGCCUGUGUUAAAAGAGCAUCUGAUCAACCCUAGUAAACCACACUGCAUCAUAGGGUUGAUCAGGUCGAGUGCAACGACCCCUGUCUUGCAGCAAUCUGUUGUGUAGUUAUUGAGAAAUUCAUGCUCGGAGCACUCAAGGGGUUGGCCUCGGAGCACCUCUUCAUCCUUGCCUUGCACCCUUUGCCACUCCUUCUCCCCCAAUGAUUGACAGGGCCAUGCAUCCUCUCUGUUCUGAUGCCUGGUCCUGAAAUCUCAUGCAUGCGCUGGCGAGAUUACCUUCGUUGCAUGCACUGUGGAUCUUAUUUGGUAGUCCCCACUCUGAAAUCAGGACUGCCAGUGCGCCAAUUGUACUGUUGCAGGGGCAUGUGCAAUACUUUUAGGGCCAGGUUUCAGAUCCGGAUGCCUAGCCCUGUCAAUCAUUAUGGGAGAGGGAGUGGUAAAGGGUGAAAGGCGGUGGUGAAGGCGUACGCCAAGGAGCUAGGCCUGCCCCUUGGUGCUCUGAGCAUUUCAUUAACACAAUAAAAGUAUGACUUUCCCAAGACCUACACAUUGGAUUGCUGCAAGAGAAGUGGGGUCAUUGCACCCAUCGUGAUCAAUCCUACAAGGCAGUAUGGUUUACUAGGGUUAGUCAUGCUCUUUAAUGUAAAUGCCAGUGAUGUACAGGGUAUAAUUACUACAAAGACGUGGUAAAAACACUGCAGUAGGGAUGCGUAUCACUGGUUACGCCAUCAUAUUCAUGGCCUCUGUGCUUCACCCAAACCCCCUAUCCGUUUAUUUGAUGGAACAAAAGACUAUCAAAGCCAAAGCGAUUUAUAACGAUUGAUGUUUUUAGCCACUCAGAGAUUAUAUGUAAUAUUUUUUUCUAAUAACUGACUUGAAUCAAAGCCGUUUGUCCAUCUGCUGCCAUUGUGGGCGAGGGAGAGGAUCGGUCUGACUAUAGCUUUACUGUUUGGUAUCUAGCGAUGGUUUGAUAAUUGUAUUUAUCAAGCCCGUGGAGAAUGGUGCUUGGUAACUUCAACCUGUUACUGACCAUACACUACAAAGGCAAAGCCUUAUUAUAGCAAGGGUAUGAGAAACGUUCUAGUCCUUAUUUAUAAUUCCAUUGGCACUACCCAGCUAUAAGAUGGCCAUGGCCUCUUUAUGCCAGUAUUUGGUCACUGAGCAGGGACUUUCCUGAUAGGUAAUGAAUGGAAAACCAUGCAGUGCCUUUUUUUUGGCUAUUUUAAUUACACGUAUUUUAAAAGUCCAUAGAUAGCUAUUUUUUACUCUUUAUAACACUCGUUGUUUUUGGAGUUUGAGAUGUGUAGCUAUCAUCUUCCGAGGUUAUUUUCAUGCUGCCUCUCAGGUAGUGAGUGAUCUACAAGAAUCUGUAAGACUGUUACAAAGUAGACCUCAGGGGAAACACUCCUACUGAAUUAUACAUCACGUAACGUGGCCCAUCCACUGUGGAGUUGGCCAUCUUGUUUUUACUGAACACUUCUGCACAUACGUCGGCAAAAAAAAAAAGGAAAAUGGAAUAACGUACAUUCCUGUGUGUAUUUUCUAUGGUGUGAGGAUGUGCGUUUGGGAUACAACCUUCUUGAUUGAGGGUCUACAAUAAGUAUUAGGUUUAUUUUUUCCUUCUUUUUAGGUUGAGCAGCUGUUGGAUGGUUUUUCAGCACAUUGCUGUAUUUAAGGUUCUACAAGACUGAAUGGGUGAAUUGUUAAAAUAUGUAAUCCCUCUAACAGAGCAUGUAAUAAAAUCUAUUUUUAUGCCCUA